AGUGAAAAAUCUUGCGUCUAGUCCUCCCCUUUCGUCUCUUUCUCUUCGUAGAAAGCGAAGAGCACAGUUUACAUAUACAUUCUUAUCAAUUUGCCCUCUCCCAAUUUUGCUUCUUCUUUGAAUAUCUCCACUUAUAUGUAUAUAGAUUACAAAUAUACGUAUGCGUAUAUGUUGAUAUGUGCAUAUAGAUGACGGAGGGAGGAGCCAAUAAUCUGUAAAGGCAAAGCGUGGGCGCAGAGAGGAGGGAAAUGCCGGCGCAGAAGCGCUAUUCGUCGAAUUAUCAGGACGAAGACGAUGAUGAGAGCUUGUAUCAGCCCCAACACCGGCGGAAUCAACGGCGCCGUGGGAAGCAAUCUCGACGUCGCGGUGGUGGCGGCGGGGAACAAAACCGAGCUCCGGAAGACGAGCUACAGCAACAGCAGCAACGAAUCCAGCUAGAAACGGGAGAGCAGGAACGGGCGCAGCUGGAGGAGCAGGCGCCCAAUCAUGAUCAGGAAUCAAUCAGAGAAUCUUCUGAGGAUGGUUACGUAUUUAGUGAAGAAUAUAACACACAUCCACACACGCACCCAAUCUAUUCUGAUGGGAGUGGAACUGAUCCUGAAGACUUUGACGAGUUGAUUUCUGUGUCACGAUCAGAUAUUCGUGGCAAUGUACAAUGCCCAAUAUGCCUAGGUAUCAUCAAGAGAACUCGUGUUGUGAUGGGGUGCCAACACCGUUUUUGCAGGGAGUGCAUUGAUAAGUCAAUGAGAUUGGGGAACAAUGAGUGUCCUGCUUGCCGCAUACACUGUGCUAGUCGGCGUUCGUUAAGAGACGAUCCCAUCUUUGAUGCAAUAAUUCAGGCAAUAUAUCCAGAUGUUGAGAAGUACGAAGAGGAGGAACUUGUGUUUCAUGAAGAGGAGAGAGCACUUAAUCAGCAGAUCCAAGCGUCCAUUGCCCAAAUUUCUCAACGACAAUCGGAAGCAUUAAACAAGAGGCGGAAAUUGAAUAAAGAUCUGAUUACUACAUCUACACCCAGAGGAUCUCGUAAUUAUCAGAAUGCUUAUUCAAGGAGAAGAAGAAACAGCCAGACCACUGAACUUCACCAAUCCGAUCAUAAUGAGAGUGAAGAUGAUCCUGAGCACAAAUCUCCAACCGAUGAACAUGGGACACAAAUCAAGCCCAGGAGACGCAACAGACGCACAGAAACCCCAUCCAACCAGGCCUAUCCAUCACCAUCAGCCAUCAAUCCAGAAGAUGGACGCAGGGAAAAUUCUGCUGAAAGAAUCAGAGAAAAUCCAGAUGAUUCCUCUGGACAUGUUGCACCUGUACUAAAGCCAGAAGCAUUUACUUGGGGUCGAGGUGGUGUGAGGAGUCAUGUCCGACAUGGAAGUGCUGGUAGCAGCAGAAAUGUUCAUGCCAACCGGUUAUCCAAGUUAACUAAUUAUCUUAAGAGUGGACAGAGAAAUGAAUCCCAGCAAGACGCACACCUUCAGCUUGUUUCCUUGAAUGUAGAAGAAACACCGAGUUUGGACAAGCCCUACCUUUGCUGUGAUUCAAAUUUGUCAAUUAAUGACAUCCGUGAACAUAUUGCUCGUGAGGUAAAAUCACAGGCAAACGACAUUGAAAUAGUGUCGUUGGAGGAGAAGGGCAAUGAAAAUAGUCCCACUCAGAACUCAUCAAACUCGUCGAGUGAGCUGCAAAUUUUGCCAGGCCAAGAAACCUUGGCUGGGAUUCAAUCCAACUACCAUUCUAGCAAGGACUUGACCCUAGGAUACAUGCAAAAGAAGACCAACAUAUGCAUCAUGGAUUAAGAUUUCACUACCUAAAGCAGCAGAGGGAUCAUCAAUAGGAAAAAUGGGGUUUUCUCUUUCGUUUAUUUGGUGACUGAGGAGAUCUGUCUUGAUUUUAACUUUCAAGAAAGAUAUUUUUCUGUGUUUUGGUUGGUGUUUUUUUUUGUUUUUUUUUUUCUUUGUUUUAUAUUUGGAAGAUGUAUAUUAAUUUUACAGCUGGGUUUAAGAAGAAAAAUUUAGCCCAUAUGACAUGCCCAGCUACUCCAAAUUGCUAUAGAUGUUAAAACAAUGAUCUUUUAUCUUUAAUCUAUGUAUUAAUGUGAAUAGAACAUCAAUGGAUUGUCAAUCAAAUUUUAUGUAUUUCAUA